AUGAAAACCCUGACACUGCUGGUGUGUGUCUGUGCCUUGAGUGCUUGCUUCUCAGUCAGUGAAGGUCACAAAAAGCCAUGGAAAACAUAUCACAAAAAGAAUAUUGUCCGACAACGUGUAACCUACCACCAAUUACCAUUUCAUCCCAAACCUCAACCUAACUGGAACAUAUUACUUCAAAAGCAUUUAUUAUUUAAUCCACACAGAUACCAAAAGCCUUCUCACCCAAUCAAGAGAAAGCCAAUGUCAAAACCUAAGUGUCCAGUUAAAACUAACACAGUGGUCAACAGUAACACCGCAGGGGCUACCACUCAAAUUCCAUCUUUGAGUCCCACAUUUACUUCCAACAAAAUUACUGAAUCUCCAGGUGUGACGUCUUUUGUUCAGAAUCCUACCACCAUAACUGAAGACAUCAACACGGGCUCUUCUUCAGCUACCACAUCACCACAACCUUCUACAGCUCCGCCAGACACCACAGCCGCCCCAUCCUCCCCAGCUCCGCCAGACACCACAGCCGCCCCACCUACAUCUUCCCCAGCUCCACCAGACACCACAGUCGCCCCAUCUUCCCCAGCUCCACCAGACACCACAGCUGCUCCACCUACAUCUUCCCUAACGACACUGGCACCAGAACCUUCUUCAACUCCACUGGAGACCACAGCUCCCCCAAAUACCACACCCAAUCCAUCCCCAACCUCUCUUUCACCUGAAACGUCUGAAACUACAGCUGCACUCACAACCCAAACUACUACUCCAGCCGCUAUUCAGACUACUACUGUUGGACAAACAACCUCACCUUUCACACAAAAUCAAAAUAAUACAUUCUGGGAACAUAUUUAUGAGAUACUGAAGUACAUUUAUGGUUUUAUACCAAAUAAAUAG